AUACGACUCAGAUAAAAAAACAUUUUAAAAUAAAAAAAAAAAAGUUAUUAUUUUAGUCAAAUCGUCCUAAAUUGUGUUGCAAAAUAUAAGAAAAAAAGGAGUAAACAAAGCAUUUCCCUAUUCGAGAGUAGCCUUCCCUCGAAAGCCGAUUUUCUGUCUUCUCCCUAUACUGAUAUAUGGAUUUCAUGUAAAGGGAGAGUUGCAUUCUCCUUUCAUUUUUAUAAAUUUAUCAAAUCUACAUUCAUUACUUUCUUUUAUUAUACAAUACUUAAUUUACAGAGUAGGCUGCUCAUUGAAAUUUUUGGUUAAACGAACCAAAAGACCAGUUUUUAUCUCACUGUGAACUGUUUUUCGUUAAUUACUUUCAAAUUUGAAGUUUGAUUGCCAUAUAUUCCCUCGUUUAUAUCCAAUUGUGCUGGAAAAUCUAUCGUUGCACAUUUAAUUCUACUGGUUUUAUUUUGCAUUAUACCUCUUCAAUUUACUUUACCUUCUUUUUUAUUAUUAUUAGUUAUCUUUUAAAGUUUAAUAACUUGAGUGUUUGCCAAAAUGCCAUCAGACGAUGAUUUCGUGAUGUCCAACUCCGAAGAUGAGGUUGUUCCAACGACUACAAGAAAGAGAACUACCUCUCAGUCUCGUACCAAGAAAAGUUCUCAGAGUAGUAGGAGUGCUUCGCCUUCUUCGUCGUCUUCCAAUUCUGUCCCCACUGCGACAAAUGCGGAAGCUAAUGAGACCAGACUUAAUGCUUCUUCACAAUACCAACGCUUAAGUCCUAGAGAACACGUGCUUAGACGUCCUGAUACUUACGUUGGUAGUAUUGAUCGUACAACUUCGAACAUGUGGGUAUACAAUUCCGAGAGUCAGAAGCUUGAAUACCGUGAAGUCAAUUAUGUUCCCGGUCUCUACAAAAUUUUUGACGAAAUUAUCGUUAAUGCUGCUGAUAACAAGGUGCGUGAUCCAACCAUGAAUACCUUAAAAGUCACUAUAGACCCAGAAUCCAACGUAAUUUCCGUUUUCAACAAUGGUAAAGGUAUUCCGGUUGAAAUUCACGACAAGGAACAAAUCUAUAUUCCGGAGUUGAUUUUCGGUCAUUUACUUACGUCUAGUAAUUAUGAUGACAAUCAAAAAAAAGUUACCGGUGGUAGAAAUGGAUAUGGUGCUAAACUUUGCAAUAUCUUUUCUUCAGAGUUUACCGUUGAAACCGCUGAUAAAUAUCAGAUGAAAAAGUAUAAACAGGUGUGGACUGACAACAUGUCAGAAAAGAAAGAUCCUAUCGUUACGGAUCUAAAAAGGCCAGAGGAGUAUACGAAAAUAACGUUCAAGCCUGAUUUACAAAAGUUCGGCAUGCCUAUGAUUGACGCCGACAUGGUUGCCAUCUUGAAACGUCGUGUCUACGAUAUGGCCGGUACUGUUCCUGAUACAAAGGUAUUCUUAAAUGAUGAGCGCCUGAAGGUUAGUGGAUUUAAGAAAUAUGUUGAUAUGUAUCUGUCUUCAAGCACGCCCUCUGAUACCGAAAGUCCCACAGUUAUUUAUGAACGAGUCAAUGACCGAUGGGAAAUUGCGUUUGCUGUAUCCGAUGAAGAGUUCAAUCAGGUAUCUUUUGUCAACAACAUUGCAACAAUCCGCGGAGGUACCCAUGUUAAUUAUAUAGCGGAUCACAUUGUGAAAGCUGUCAACGAAGAUGUACAGAAGAAAAAUAAAGGUGCGCCAGUUCGUCCUUUUCAGAUAAAGAAUUUUAUUCGCAUUUUUGUUAAUUGCCAAAUUGAGAACCCUUCAUUCGACUCACAGACUAAGGAAACCCUUACCACUAAAGUUUCGAACUUUGGUUCGACUUGCACGCCAAGCGCGAACUUUAUGAACCGUGUUAAAAAAAGUGAAAUAAUAGAAAAAGUUCUAGAUUUAGCUCGCUCGAGGGCAGACAAACAACUAAGUCAAACAGACUCUCGUGGAUCACGUUCUCGAAUUACUGGCUUGCCUAAGCUCGAGGAUGCCAAUAAGGCUGGUACCAAAGAAUCUCAUAAAUGUGUACUGGUAUUGACGGAAGGUGAUUCCGCUCGUUCUCAAGCCCUUUCGGGUUUAAGCGUGGUUGGUCGUGAUUACUACGGGAUUUUCCCGCUGCGAGGUAAGCUAUUAAACGUCCGUGAAGCUUCUCAUACCCAAAUUAUGAAUAAUAAAGAAAUUCAAGCAAUAAAAAAGAUUAUGGGGCUUGUACACAAGAAGAAUUAUACAGACACUAAAGAACUACGAUACGGGCAUUUGAUGAUUAUGACCGAUCAAGAUCCCGAUGGUUCUCAUAUUAAAGGUUUAAUCAUCAAUUACCUAGAGUCUACCUACCCAUCGUUGUUGCAAAUUCCAGGAUUCUUGAUCCAAUUCAUUACCCCAAUCGUUAAGUGUAAACGAAACAGACAAGUUAUUCCGUUUUACACCCUAUCCGAGUAUGAAUACUGGAAAGAAGCUAAUAAUGAUGGUCGUGGCUGGGAUAUCAAAUACUAUAAGGGUUUGGGUACAAGUGAUGCCAAUGAAAUGAAGAGUUACUUCUCUGAUCUCGAUCGUCACAUGAAGUACUUCCAUGAAAUUAAAGAGGCGGACAAAGGCUUAAUUGAAAUGGCGUUUGCCAAAAAGAAGGCCGAUUCACGAAAGGAAUGGCUUCGUACAUAUCACCCUGGUAUCUUCAUGGAUUACACGGUUCCUCGUAUUCCGAUUGAUGAUUUCAUAAACAAGGAGCUUAUUCAGUUUAGUAUGGCUGACAAUAUCCGUUCAAUCCCUUCCGUUGUAGAUGGGUUAAAACCAGGCCAGCGAAAGAUUAUUCAUUACUGUUUGAAGAAAAAUAUCACUCGUCAAAUUAGAGUCAGCAAUCUUACAGGAUAUGUUAUGAGUGAGACAGCGUAUCAUCAUGGUGAUAGUUCCUUAACUCAGACGAUUGUCAACUUAGCUCAAAACUUUGUCGGAAGUAAUAACAUCAAUCUUUUAAUGCCGCAUGGUCAAUUUGGUACUCGUUUGGAAGGCGGUAAGGAUGCAGCAGCUCCUAGGUAUAUUAAUACUUGCCUUUCUCCUAUAGCUAGGAAGUUGUUUAAAAUUGAAGAUGAUCCUUUGAUGAAUUAUCAAAAUGAAGAAGGUCAGUGGAUUGAGCCUGAUUAUUACGUUCCCAUUUUGCCAAUGAUUCUUGUAAAUGGUGCAGAGGGAAUUGGUACAGGCUGGUCUACUAACAUUCCUAAUUAUAAUCCUAAAGAUAUCUCUGCUAACAUAAGACGCCUUCUUAAUAAUGAACCCUUGUUUGAGAUAUCUCCCUGGUAUCGUGGUUUCCGUGGUGGUAUGGAAAAGGUGGCAUCUGACAAAUACAAAGUUACUGGUAUAAUUAAUCAAAUAAGUGAUUUGAAGGUUGAAAUUACUGAACUACCUGUUCGAUUUUGGACUCAAGAUAUGAAAGAAUACUUAGAAAUGGGAAUUGCUGGUAGCGACAAAGUCAGUCCAUUCAUUAAAGACUAUGAAGGGUUUCAUGGUACUGGUAAUGUGCACUUUCGAGUCACUCUCACGGAGAAAGGCAUGAGAGAAGCACUGGCGGAGUCCUUGGAAUCUAAGUUCAAAUUAGCCAGAAAUCAAGCUACCAGCAACAUGAUGGCGUUUGAUCCUUCCGGAAGAAUUAAGAAAUACGAGAGUGUUGAAGAAAUUUUGAGAGACUUCUUUGAGAUUCGUCUGCGAACUUAUCAAAGAAGAAAAGAGCUUUUGGUAGCUGAAUUAGAACGCCAAUUCGAUAUGUUUUCGAAUCAAGCGAGAUUUGUCCACAUGAUUAUCGAAAAUGAACUCGUAGUUUCAAAAAAGAAGAGGGACGUUCUUGUGGCUGAACUACGUGAAAAAGGAUUUAUGCCGAUUUCCAAGCCUAAGAAAGGUCGUGAGGCUGACAUGGAAGCCGAGCGUGCUCAACUACGUGGUGAAGAUCCCGCUGAAACACAAGGUUCUUCUUCUGACUAUAAUUACCUUUUGAGUAUGGCAAUUUGGUCCCUAACGUACGAAAAAUAUUUGGAUCUGUUGAAGAAGAGAGAUGAUACUAUGGCAGAACUUGAUGCUUUAAUUAAGUUGACUCCUAAGGAUUUAUACUUGCAAGAUUUGGAAGAAUUUGAACGUACUUGGGACGCUGUGAUGGACGAAGUAAACCACAGCAUGGUGGAGGAUGAAGAAGCUUCAAGAGGGUUUGUUCUUGGAUCUAGUGCAUCUUCAGUUUCGCGUAGGCGAAAUACAGGUGCAAGGAAAACAGUAAAGUCUGAAGAACCUUAUGAUGACAGUGCAGGAUCUAGAGCUGGUAGACCGUCUUCGAAGACGACGGCGAGGUCAACAAAAGUUAAACGUGAAGAAAAAGAAGAACCAGCUUCAAAGUCUCGCAAUGGCAGUCAGCAAACGCUCAAUUUUGCGAAGGAAAAUGGAUCAUCUUCUAAUAAGCACCCUGAUGAGGGAGAAACAAAAACGCCGUUUUCUAUUGCAAAAGGAAAGGGUAAGAAAACAAGUUCGCCAAGCGAAGGUGUUGAAAGUACAAGUAAGGGAAAGAAGCGUUUAUCUUCUGAUUCAGCAAGUGAUGACGAGAAUCCAAAGACAAGAAGAAAGGCAGCUCCUCGACGUGGGCAGUCUAAAGCUACUCAACCUAAAACAUUAUUUUCUUCUGAUGAUGAAGAAGACUUACCUACUAGAAGUAUGCCUGACAAGUCGCAAAAUAAGUCGAAGAAUCCGUUUGUCGACCUUACCAAUGCUAAAGAAGCUUCCUCAAAUGGAAAAACAACUUCAAUUAUUGAUGACGAUGAUUUCGAUGACUUGCCAGAUACUUCCACCCCGAAACCAAACAAGACCGCCGACAUGAACGGAGAAGGUAAUUCGAAAGAGUCUCCUACUAGGCCUCGUAGAACAACCACCCGACGUGCGGCUUCCGCGAAAAACUCCAUUUAUGUUGACUCGUCGAUGGAUGAAUCUAGUUUUAAAGACGAUUCAUUCGUAGUUGGAGAUAAUGAGGAUGAUGAUUAUGAAGAUGAUCUUUAAGUUUCAUUUAUCUUAUAGGAACGAAAGCUAUUGAAUUACUAUGUAGUGUAACUUUUGCUAGAUGUUAUAGAAAUAGACAAUAUUAUUACUAAAUUACUGUAUAGCAUUAGACUAGUCAAUAUCGAAAGUUAUCUAUUUCAGAUAUGCAUAUGCAUGCAUUGGAAGCUUCAUUUAUUGUAAUCGU